ACAAAACAAAACUGUCACGGAGCGAGAGAAAGCGAAAGCACCGGAUAUUUGGAUCGCUCGCUCCGCUCCCUCCCUCGCGUCUCCUUCUUCCCUUCUUUUCCGAAGAGGAGCGACGGUCUCCUCGUCAGGUGAGAUGGCGUCUUCGUCGAUCCCUUCUCGAUCCGCUUCAUUCCCUCGGGUAGGAUGCAUUCCGAGAUCGCCAUUUUCCCUUUCAUCCACCACCUUCGUCGUCCCGGUCGUCUUCUCCGCCGGGAUCCGUAGAGGGUUCGGCAGCCGCCGCCUCGGCAGACCUAUUUCCGUGAGGAGCGUCAAGCAGUCCGUCACUGAUGGUGGUGCACCAGGUUUCGUGAUUGCAGAUGAUGCCGCAUCUAUAACAUCAAGUAUAAAGUAUCAUGCCGAUUUCACUCCCUCAUUCUCUCUGGAGAGUGUUGAUCUCUCCAAGGCUUACUUUGCUGCGGCGCAAAGUGUUCGUGAUGCAUUAAUAAUAAAUUGGAACGCAACUUAUGAGCACUAUGAAAAGAUGAAUAUGAAACAGGCUUACUAUCUUUCAAUGGAAUUUCUUCAGGGAAGAGCACUAUUAAAUGCAAUCGGUAAUUUGGAGCUAACCGGCCAAUAUGCGGAAGCAUUGAGUCAGCUAGGGCACAAUCUUGAGAAUGUUGCCGAGACGGAACCAGAUGCUGCACUUGGGAAUGGUGGUUUAGGACGUCUAGCCUCAUGCUUUUUGGAUUCCUUAGCAACUUUGAAUUAUCCUGCCUGGGGAUAUGGGCUUCGUUACAGAUACGGAUUGUUCAAACAGAACAUCACAAAAGAUGGACAGGAGGAAGUAGCAGAAAACUGGCUUGAGAUGGGAUAUCCCUGGGAAAUUGUUCGAUAUGAUGUCUCAUAUCCUGUAAAGUUUUACGGGAAGGUGGUUAUUGGCUCAGAUGAAAAGAAGCAUUGGAUUGGUGGGGAGGAUAUUGAAGUUAUUGCCCAUGAUGUACCAAUUCCUGGAUACAGGACUAAAACCACAAUUAACUUGCGUCUCUGGUCGACGAAAGUGCCAUCAGAAUGCUUUGAUUUGGAAGCUUUUAAUUGUGGAGAACAUACCAAAGCAUCCGAGGCACAUGCAAACGCCGAAAAGAUAUGCUAUAUAUUGUAUCCUGGAGAUGAUUCUAUAGAGGGUAAAAUUCUUCGGUUGAAACAACAAUACACACUUUGUUCGGCCUCUCUUCAAGAUAUUAUUGUGCGGUUUGAGAAGAGAUCUGGAAGUUCUGUUAAUUGGGAAGAAUUUCCUGACAAGGUUGCAGUCCAAAUGAAUGAUACUCAUCCUACUCUAUGCAUCCCAGAGUUAAUGAGGAUACUGAUUGAUGUGAAAGGAUUAAUCUGGGAUCAGGCCUGGAAAAUCACUCAGAGAACUGUUGCAUAUACAAACCAUACAGUUCUUCCAGAAGCUUUAGAGAAGUGGAGUUUGGAGUUGAUGCAGAAGCUACUUCCACGGCAUGUGGAGAUCAUAGAGAAGAUAGAUAACGAGUUGCUUAAUGACAUCAUUUUGGAUCAUGGAAAGGAAGAUCUUAAGCUUUUGGAGAAGAAACUCAAAGAUAUGAGAAUUUUGGACAAUGUUGACUUUCCAGAUUCCGUUCAGAAAUUGUUCGAAAAACCGAAGAAAGAGACCAGAAAAGGGAGCCUGGAAAAGACCUUGGUAGAAGCUCCUGCUCCCCUUCAAUCUGAGAAAAAGCUUCAAGUGGAAAAUUUAAAACCGUCCAGUGUUUUGGACAAUAAAGUAGAAUCUGGCAAAAAACUUUCUGACAAAGCUCAGACAAAAACAGAUUUGUCUAAAAAAAUCAAAGCAGAGGAAGAGAUUCAUGGAGAAGAAGAAGAAAAAAAAGAAGAAGAAGAUGAAGAAGAUGAUGAUGAUGAAGAAGAAGAAGAAGAAGAAGAAACUUUUUUGAAAUCUAAUCCGAAGUUACCUAAAAUGGUUCGCAUGGCAAAUCUCUGUGUUGUCGGUGGCCAUGCAGUGAAUGGAGUUGCUGAAAUACACAGUGACAUAGUUAAGCAGGAUGUGUUCCAGAACUUCUACAAGUUAUGGCCAGAAAAAUUUCAGAAUAAGACAAAUGGUGUAACUCCUCGUCGCUGGAUUCGUUUUUGCAAUCCUGAAUUGAGCGGCAUAUUAACUAAGUGGAUUGGUACAGAUGAAUGGGUUCUCAACACGGAGAAGCUAGCAGAUCUUAGGAAGUUUGCUGACAAUGAGGACCUCCAUUUGGAAUGGAGAGAGGUUAAAAGAAACAACAAAUUGAAAGUUGCUUCAUUUAUAAAAGAGAAAACAGGAUACAUAGUCAGCCCAAAUUCUAUGUUUGAUAUUCAGGUGAAGCGGAUUCAUGAAUAUAAGCGUCAACUAUUGAAUAUCCUAGGAAUUGUCUACCGUUAUAAGAAAAUGAAAGAAAUGAGCGCAAAAGAGAGAUUAUUAAGUUUCGUACCUAGGGUCUGUAUAUUUGGUGGGAAAGCUUUUGCUACAUAUGUUCAAGCUAAGAGAAUAGUUAAGUUCAUCACAGAUGUUGCGUUCACAAUAAAUCAUGAUCCAGAUAUUGGAGAUUUACUGAAGGUUGUCUUUGUUCCUGACUACAAUGUCAGCGUUGCUGAGAAGCUCAUACCAGCCAGUGAGUUAUCUCAACAUAUCAGCACGGCUGGCAUGGAAGCAAGUGGAACUAGUAACAUGAAGUUUGCAAUGAAUGGCUGCAUUCUAAUUGGAACUCUGGAUGGAGCCAAUGUUGAGAUAAGGGAAGAAGUCGGAGAAGACAACUUCUUCCUCUUUGGUGCUCGUGCUGAUGAAAUCGCCGGUUUACGGGAAGAAAGAGCAAAGGGAAAGUUUAAAUCAGACCCACGAUUUGAGGAGGUGAAGAAAUUUGUCCGAAGUGGUGUAUUUGGAAUACAUAACUACAACGAACUUAUGGGAUCCUUGGAAGGGAAUGAAGGAUUUGGUCGUGCAGAUUAUUUUCUUGUUGGCAAGGACUUUCCAAGUUACCUUGAAUGCCAAGAGAAAGUUGACGAAGCAUACCGUGAUCAAAAGGGAUGGACAAAAAUGUCAAUCUUGAACACUGCUGGCUCCUACAAGUUUAGCAGCGAUCGGACGAUUCACGAGUAUGCAAAGGCAAUCUGGGACAUCAAACCUGUUGUAGUACCUUGAAAAAGAAUCUGAAUCUUUCAUCUCUUUUUAGAGAAACCUACGUCGCCUCGCCCAAGUUCAAAUAAUGGGAGUCGUUUGUUGUUGAGAAAUAAGCUGACGUAUUAUCAUCCUUUUCAGCUUGCAUUUUCUUGAUGUUUGCUUAGAAAGGACACGCCGUAUCCUUAAAUAAAAAUGUAUUCAGGAAUAUUUUUCCCAGUUCUGGCAUGGAAAACUGUCCGUUUGUAAAUGUAUUUCCCAAUUGCAAACUGCUCAUGUUCUUUUGGUCGUA